AUGGCUUUGGUAUCCGACGGAUGUGUAAAGGUGAGAGAAGGCGAAGGAAGCCUUGACUUCCAUCCAGGCGAACAGCGUGCAAAGAAAAAGAUCAAGAGACCCCUGGAAGUGGGGAAAAAUUGCUCUUUUUGGUCACCUGCUGAGAGAAUUAAUUCUGAUGGACAGCCCACUCAGCCAAUCGUGGCCCUUGGAUGGGGAAGGGAAGCAGGCCCAAGGCUGUAUAUAAACAGAGGCCAAGGUAGCAGUCCUGGUCCUUUCCAACCGAAAGCCUCACCUGCGCAAGAUGGGUCCCCACGUCACCUGCUUCAGGUGGGUGGCUUUGCUCCUCAUCCUGACCCGCCAGCAUCCAGCGGAGGCCAAGCCGGCCCCACAUGCACAGGUCCUGGAGGGGCGGAUGGGGGUCCCAGCGGGGUCCUCGGAAGCGGAAGAGGGGGACGAUGGGCUUGCGUGGCCACUCGCGGAGACCGCUGCCCAACGGGUGCUCAUGGUCGCCCUCCUGGGCUCCCCCCAGCACCUCCCGCCCAGGAGCAAGAAGGGCCUCUCCCGGGGGUGCUUCGGGGUCAAGCUGGACCGCAUCGGGGCCCUGAGCGGAUUGGGAUGCUGAAGCUCACCUGGGAAAGAGUAACACUUUCGAGACGCCCAUUGAGGCCACCAACACCUCCAUUCAUCCAUUCAUUCUGGAUUUGCAGGAAUUACACAGCAGGAUAAAUAAAUGAGAGUUAAGCUGAAGUUACUUCUUUAGAUCUUGGAGAAGUUACUCUGAGAAUAUCGACUCACUUGGACUCAUGAAGUGAUUCGGUUUCCCAUUGGAGGUGGCUUCACCUUCCAGAUGCAUGUUUGUUCUCCCCGUUGUGAAAACUAACUCGUUACAAAGGGGUUUGGUGACUUGUAAUUCAUUAUGGCACCGGGAAAAAGUGAUGUGUCAAAUAAAUCUGUUUUCAUAA